CUUCCUCAGACAUCGCCCAAGCCAUGUCCUACAACCAGCGCCAACCCCACGGUGGCCCCGCAGGAGCUCCCCCGAACGCCGCACCCGACUUCAACGCCAUGUUGCAGCGCUCGCUACAAGAACCGGGACAGUCAGAACUCGCCGUCGAAGCUCCCGGGCGGCCAUCGUCCUCAAUUGGAUAUGGAGGUGUAUACAGUGCCACUCCACCACCACAACAGGGACCAAACGUCCUCGGCGGCGCACGAGGGCCCGGCCCACAGCAAAUCCUCCCCGUCGACCUCCCCCCGCAAGCCUUCCUGACCUCUGCCAUGCUGCUGGAUAUGGUAGACAAAAAGGUCGACGUCUUACUCCGCGACGAGAAGGAAUACAUCGGCAUACUCCGCUCCUAUGACCAAUUCGCCAACCUCGUCCUCACAGAAUGCCACGAGCGCAUAGCCGCCCGGAAUCCCGACGCGGAACCUUCGUCCGCCCCCUCCGUGCCCCGCUGGCUGAUCCACGACGUCAAACUCCCCGGCGUCAUGACAAUACGAGGCGAGAACGUGACCAUAUGCGCGACCGUUGACUUAGACCGCGAAGACGCACCGCGCGGCGCUAGGUUCGCGGAUGUAGAUGAAGUAAGGGCACUGGCUGCGGCGCAGAAAGCUGAAAAGCGCGACGUCGACACGAGGAAAGCAAAGGCGUUGAAGGCGGCGGGUAUUGAGCCGGGGUUUGGCAUGCAGACGGCGUGAGUGGGGGUUGGUGUAUGAGUAGCAAGCAUAGCACAGUCAUGAAUGAGGAAAGAAAAGCGCAGUGCGCAUAGAUGAGGAUAUGAAGGGGGGAUGGGCUUGGAUAGCAUAUGGCGAGGUCAUGAUAUCAAUGAUACCAGGACGCUAAAUGUCCAAUUUUGACG